UUUGUGGCUGUAGUAACUAGUGGAAACCACCGAAGCAGCGCCCUCUGAAGAGACUGUCCGGGAGAUCUGUCAGACGCAGGAAAGGGGGUAGCUCGGUAACCCGUCUUGCCAAGGGUUGCGUUGAAAAUGGCACCAAACAGUACUAACGCUUGACCUUUAAAUCCGGACGCAGAAACUCGAUCAACUGAAUACUCCUGUCAGGUAGCGGCCAUUUCAGGUCAUUUCAAAUGUAGCCUACUACAGCAAUAAACGGUCUGUCUAGCGAAACGAAUAAGGUUACAUGGAAGACAGCAUGUUGGCUGGUAGUGGCUGGCAAUUUGUCGUGUGUUUAACUGUGUUGGAAACGAAAUAAUGAUGUCUGAUACAACAUAUUCAAGAGGGAUGGAACGAGACAGAGGAAGGAUUACAUCAGAUUCUAUGGCGAGAGGCGCAUAUCCUCAACAGUAUGUUCACCCUGGCAGUCAGCAGCAGGGCAUAGACAUUCAGGAGCUUGCCUCUAAACGUGUCGACAUCCAGAAGAAACGGUUUUAUUUGGAUGUAAAACAAAGUGCACGGGGCCGAUUCCUAAAAAUUGCAGAGGUUUGGAUUGGAAGAGAACGUCAUGAUAACAUCAGAAAAAGCAAAUUAACGCUGUCCAUGUCAAUGGCACCCGAUCUACGUUAUUGCCUGGGGGACUUCAUUGAUUAUUAUGCUCAUAUUGGGUUGAGAGGUGGCCUGGUACCACGGCCAGAAGAGCAGAGCAAUGGCCAGGGCCGCCCGCACGAUUCCCGCAGAAGACCGCAGGAUCACCACGCAGCAUCAGUGUCUCCCACUGGCUCUGCGGUGUCGGAGGAACAUACUCAUCGCGUCCUGAAGAGUGAAUUCAUUGAGAGAGACAAUAGAAAGUACUAUCUGGACCUGAAAGAGAACCAGCGAGGCAGGUUCCUCCGCAUCAGACAGACUGUCAGCAGAGGGCAUGGGGCCAUCGGUUACUACGGACAGGGCAUCGAUCAAACCAUAGUGUUGCCGGCUCAAGGGCUAAUCGAAUUCAGAGAUGCACUGUCGCAGCUGAUUGAAGACUACGGCGAUGAUGAUGCCACGGAAGAGCUUGGAAGAGGCAAUGGGAACCAUGAAGAAUCCACCGAGUUUCCGGAGGCAGCAUCAUUCCGAGUGGACAAUAAGAGGUUUUAUUUCGACGUUGGUUCCAAUCGGUAUGGUGUCUUUUUAAAGAUUAGCGAGGUAAAACAGCCAUACAGGAACACCAUAACGGUUCCCAUGAAAGCCUGGGCCAAAUUUGGAGAUAAUUUCAUUAGGUAUGAGGAAGAAAUGCAGCGAAUGUUCACCUGUCACAAGGAGAAGAGGACAGAGACUCGCGAGGACAUUGGAGAACAAGAGGAUUGACAGUGGCAUUAUAUGGCUGUAAGAGGUUUCUAACGAUGGUGGGUUAAAACAGGGAUGGAAAAAAGCUAAACAUGACAAUAUCCUAGAACAUAUGAAAAUGUAUUAUUUAAUGUACCUCUAUUAGGCCUAUGUCUCUGGUCAACUAGCACUUUUGCUUUGUUCAUGGUCAUUCCUGUUUCAAUCAUACAUUUCGAUUAUGGCAUCCGUUUUGAAAUUGGUGCAGCAGGACAUGUUGCCUAUUGAAAAAUGAAAAAAAAAAUAUUCAAAAGGCAAAAUGAUGAUAUAGGUAAUUUAUGUGAAUCAUAUCUCUUUUUUUCAUUGUGGUUGACUGAGUGUGCAAAUGAAAGUACGUGUGCGCAUGUGAUUGUCUGAUUGAGAAAAAAAAGGUGAGACAUGAAAGUGUACACGUCCUGUCCCCCACAAUCAUUGGUAGGGGGUUAAUGUUAGAUUUACCGCUGAAUGCUAGACAUGAUAUUGCUGUUUAAACAGUAACAAUUUGUGUAGGUAGCGCUUCAUGAUUUCAUUUUAUAGAAUAAGGGACAGUUUGGUUGAGGGUUCGCCGACCAUCACGGACGAGCUCAAACUCCCUGCAUAUGUCAUUACUCUGUAAUCAGAUCCGGCUGCAGACAAUGAUCAACUAGGGGGAAAUC